AUGGCCAGAAAAGUAAAAGCUCCCGUUGUCGUAAAGCCUGCGUCCAGCAGCAGCAGCACCUCGGACUCGAGCAGCGACGAAGCACCACAGAAGAAGGUUGUAGCUACCAAGAAGGGCAGCAAGGCUGCUUCUAAGAAGCCUGUGGACUCGAACAGCUCAUCUGACUCAAGCUCCGAUGAGGAGGAAGCUCCGAAGAAGGUGGUGACUAAGAAGGUUGUUGCCAAGAAGGAGAGUUCAGACUCAAGCUCGGACUCUUCGUCUGAUGAAGAGGAGGCCCCUAAGCAGAAGGUUACACCUACUAUAAAGGUUAUUGCUAAGAAAGUGGUUGCUAAGAAGGAGAGCUCAGGCUCGAGCUCAGACUCUUCAUCUGAAGAGGAAGAGGAAGAGGCGCCUAAGAAAAAGGUUGUCACUACUAAGAAGGUUGUUGCGAAGAAAGAGAGCUCUGACUCUUCAUCAGACUCGUCUUCGGACGAGGAAGAGGCCCCUAAGACGAAGGUUGUGCUAGUCAAGAAGGUCGUUGCGAAGAAGGAAAGCUCUGACUCUUCAUCGGAGUCGGACUCUUCGGAGGACGAAAAGGUUGUGGAAAAGCCUGCUGCUAAGAAGGUCGAAGCUAAGAAGAAGGCAUCGUCUUCUUCUUCAUCAUCUGAUUCGGACUCGUCUUCGAACGAGGAAGAGACGACUAUUGUCGCAAAGAAACGUAAGAAUUCGGACGCUGGUGAGAAGUCCAACAAGGUGCACAAAGAAGAGAAUGGUGAUGCUGCUGCUGUUGCCAAUCCGCAAAAAGCUCUUGAGAUUUUUAUUGCUGGUCUGCCUUGGUCCACUACGGAGGAGGAGGUAAAGGAGCAUUUUGCUGGCUGCGGUGAGGUCACUGCUGCCCGCAUUCCUCUACAGAAUGGCCGCUCGUCUGGUACAGCAUUCUUGACGUUCUCGACCGCUGAAGGUGUUGAGGCUGCUCUUGCCAUGGAUGGUCAGGACUUUGGUGGCCGCUGGAUGAAGAUACGCACGGCUGAGAAAAAGAGCAUGUUUGACGAGAAACCAGAGGGAUGCACAAGCGUGUUCAUUGGCAACCUCAGCUGGGAUGUUGAUGAAAACACCAUUCACGAGACUUUUGGCGAGUGCGGUGAGAUCCUGAGCUGCCGUCUGGCUACAGACCGUGAGACUGGCGAGUUCCGUGGCUUCGGACACGUUGACUUUGCCACGACUGAGGCUGUUGACGAAGCUGUGAAGCUUGCUGGCACCUACGUGAAUGGACGUGGCAUCCGCGUGAACUACGCGAAGUCUCGCGAGCCGCAAAGCGGCGGCGGCGGCCGUGGUGGAUUUGGAUUUGACGGUGGUCGUGGUGGUGGCCGUGGCUUUGGUGGUCGUGGAGGAGGUCGUGGCGGCGGCCGUGGAUUUGGUGGUCGUGGCGGUGGUCGUGGCGGCGGCCGUGGAUUUGGUGGUCGUGGGGAUGGCCCACCUAAACGCCAGCCGUCUUCUAUCCAGAACUUCAAGGGCUCCAAGACAACUUUUGACUAA